UUCACUCUGUACACGUAACACGUUAUACUUGCCUAUCUAACGAAAUUGUUACCAAGUAGCUAUGUGAUCAGAUAUAUAUAUCUAAAUAUCAUUAUCGAAGUGUAGUGCAAAAUGUUUUCCGGACAUUGAAUGCUUCGCGAGCUGUCUUUUAUUUUUUUUAGCUAUUUAAAUGUUUUUUACCCGCCGGUUUCGUUAUUGUUAAAGUGCCUUUAGUCCGAGCAAGUGUUCUGAUUGUAAGCAUUCAAACUUGUUAACGCAAACAAAUAAAAAUGUGGUGUUAUAUAUUUUAUUUUAUUGUAUUACUUGAUUCGGUGCUUAUGAACGAUGUUUCCAAGGAAACUUUUGCGUACAGGAAAAAUAUUUUACAAAAAGAAUUGCAUAUGAUGCUGGGAAAUGAUGUCGUGUUAAGUGAUAAUGAGGAUAAAGCCAACAAUAUUAUCAUGGAGCUUAAGAGAAGGGAAAUAGAUUACGCUUUUGAUAAUCCACAAUAUUUUAAUUUUUCUAAGCAUUUCUUUGAAUACAAGGAUGAAGUGAAGAGAUCAAAACUAUUUAAAGCUAUCCAGCGAAUGCCGAAGGGGGCUGUGCUUCAUGUACACGACAUUGGUAUUCUAAGUCCUGACUAUGUUUUGUCGUUGACUUAUUUGGAUGAUCUUUAUGUUUGUUUCUAUGAGAAUAACGUCAAAUUCCUGUUUUCAUUAGAGACUCCGUUAUCGUCUUGUAACACGAAGUGGCAAUUAAUGAAGAGUGCCAGAUUUUCGUCAGGGAACGUUAAGGAAUUUGACGCUGACUUAAGAAGGCAUUUUACAAUUGUGAUCGAUGACCCACACUUGGUUCAUAGAGAUAUUAACGCUGUUUGGAAUGACUUUCAGCAGGUUUUCAUAACAACAUCGGGAAUGUUAUGUUACCGGCCAGUCUGGGAACAAUAUUUUUACGAUACGCUGAGAUCCUUAAGGGACGAUAACGUUAUGUAUUUAGAGUUCAGAAGUGUUUUGCCCUCUUUGUACGAUCUUGAUGGAACUGUGUUCGACGAAAUAGAAACAGUCAGAUCAUAUAAAAAAGUUUUAGACCGCUUUAUGGCUGAUUACCCCGAUUUUUACGGAGCCAAACUUAUAUAUGCACCUCUAAGAAACGUGGACUUAAACACAGUUAAGCAUUACUUAAACGUGACUAAGCGUAUCCGCGAAGAAUUUCCUGAAUUUCUAGCCGGAUUCGAUUUAGUGGGUCAAGAGGACCUGGGAGCGCCAACGAAAGAUUUUAUGGAGAUUCUGUCUGAUUCCAUGGACGAAAUCGACUAUUUCUUUCACGCUGGUGAAUCAAAUUGGUACGGAACCAGCUCGGAUGAGAACUUAGCUGACGCUAUUGCUCUUAAUACUAGACGUAUCGGGCAUGCGUUUGCAAUCGCUAAACAUCCCUUACUGAUGGAGGAGAUUAGGAAAAAGGAUAUUGCUAUAGAAGUUAACGUCGUAUCGAAUGCUGUUUUAAAACUGGUGUCAGAUGUAAGAAACCAUCCUUUGGCUAUAUUCCUGGCUAACAACCUUCCCGUGGUUUUAUCAAGCGAUGAUCCCGGUAUUUGGGAAGCUGAGCCUUUGUCGCAUGAUUUUUAUGUAACAUUCGUGGGUGUAGCUAGCAGGCACGCUGAUUUGAAGCUAUUAAAGAAACUGGCGAUCAAUUCCUUAGUUUACAGCACGUAUCAUAACAAAGAUAAGAUUGUUCACGAAUUUGAAAUACGCUGGACUAAAUAUAUAGAUUCGGUUAUUAGAGAUGAAUUUCAGUGAUAUUGGCUUUUUCUAGUUUCAACACAUUUUUAUAUGAUAGGUUAUGUUAGAUAAACCUCUAUAUGUCCUAUCUAUGACGGAAAUGUUUCAAAAUUAUAUUUAAAUCUUUCGUUCACCUAGAAUAAAAACGUUUUAUGAAA